AUGCAGGAGCGCUUCAAACGCUUGCAAUCGGUGGAGAACUUUGAGAGCUCGAUGAAACAAGGUGGCUUUGGCGGUCUGCCAGCGCCAUUCAACAACUUGAGCUCCACCGAUUUGGCCGCCUUCGCGGCCAUCAUCAAGAACACGACCCUCAGCUUCAACGAGAAGGUCACCGCCGUCACCGCCUUGGCUCAGGGCUAUGGAGAUGAAUAUGUUGCGGCCGUCCAAAACUUCACUCAAACAUACGAGGACCGUCAAGCUGAGCUUGCCGCCAACGUGACGGAGACGCUCAAGGAGCUGCAGAGCGCUGUGCCAACCCUGCUCACCCUUCUCCAGAACCGCGAUCUUAGCCAGGAUUCGCUCAAGAACCAGACCAUGGCUCUGAUCGAUGGACUUGAGAGCCCAAUGGCCAAGCAGGCUUUGGGUAUGUUGGCCAUGGCCGGAGCCAUGGGACCAGGCAGCUUUGUCCGACGUGGACUCCCAAUCCAGCCCGUCGGCACCACACAAACCGCC